ACCUGCGGGUACAAAUUGGGUUACAAGCAGCAUACAGAGUAUACGGGAGUACAACCUUCUCAUCUCUCCGUUCAAAAAUCCGCAAAACAAGAAAUACUCCUGACGGCGGUGUCUCUCGCCCUCCCUUUCUCCGUCGGCCCUGCGCUUCCCCGGCUGCGCUUAAGGUGCCUUCUUUUCCUGGCAUCGACGCGAUGUCUCCGAAGGAAUUGGUGGAGACCCGGGGGCGGACCUACUGCUAAUGAACGGCUUGUUUCGUGCAUGUUCUGCUGCUAUAUCAUCAAACACUACAAAUGUGUUAAGGACUAGUACAUUUUGCAAAUUCUCAUCUAACAGAUGGAAUGCCAGUGUCAACUAUGUUGGAGCUGGGAGUGUUAAUUUUAACUGGUUUCUGAAUAGUUUUUCCAAUAAGCUGUACUCAUCUAAAGGGUCUAGACGAAAGAAUUCUCGAUCAAAGAAGUCAGGUCCAACUCUUGCGACUACUCCAAAAAUGAAUGAGGAUGGAGACAAUUUUUGUUGUUAGGAAGGGGGAUCUCAUUGGAAUUUACAAGAAUUUGAGCGAUUGCCAGACUCAAGUCGGAUCUUCGAUAUGUGAUCCCCCAGUUAGUGUGUUUAAAGGAUAUUCAAUGCCUAAGGACACAGAGGAAUAUCUUCUAUUCUUUUUUCCCGUGGAUUUAAAAAUGCUCUAUAUACUGUCAGAGCCCAAGAUGUAACUGAAGAUCUUUUUGACACUUUGGAACCUUGUCAUCUUCAGCAUCUUUCUUCUUCCAGUGGUGGAAUGCCUGAUGACCACAUGGCAAAAAAGAGAUCUCAGGAAGCAAUGUGGCUGGAAUAUACGGAUUCCUAUUAUGAUCACUACUCCGUCAAUAAUGGACAUGAUUAUUAUUCAUACCAUGAGGAAUCACCAUACGAUACCCCGUCUCGGAGCUUUAGAUAUUCUCCAUACCAAGACAACUGUGGGGAUUAUUAUGAACCUCAUGGUGAUCAAGAUGAUUAUGACGAACAAGGGCCAAUGUACGAUGACCAGCUAGAUCCACUCAUUGAAGAGAUUCUGUGGACUGAGGAAAGAAUACUUUAUCUUGACCUAGCAUUAGUAAUGGAGUGUUCAUUAUUUGAACCACGCUAUUGCCGUGAUUACUCUCUGACUCGUGAAGAGCAAAUCGAAGCAAACAGAGAUGCAAUCCAAGCGAGAGAACAAUUUCUCAAAACAGUCAAAGAAGAACGCGAACUGCUCCAAACCCAGAAAGAUAACGAACAACGCGAAUAUUGGGAGCAUAUGCAAAAGAUGCUGGAGGACUUUAAUAAGGCUAUGGAACAACAAGAAGAGAAGGAGGAAAUUGUUGUUCUAGAAGAGGAUGAAGAAUCUGAGAUAAAAUCUGAAACUGAAUCCAACAAUGUCUCAAUUCUUGAAUACCCACAAACUCCAUCACCACUGUAUAUCGAAAAUAAGAUAACACUUGCAGAAAUGAUUGCACGAGGUACAGUGGUGAUGCUUUCUGAAAGCCCAAAAAGUCAAAUCGUACAAGAGGUGAAACCUACUAAGGGUCCUGUCUCGGAACCGCCUUCACCCGCUGCACCAAAAACGUUGGAGGAACCUGUCCUCCUUACAUGUGUUGAAGACACUUAUCCAGAGGAACCUGUUCUGGAGAAAUCUGAGCCCACCACCGACCCCCUUGAUUCCGAUACUGAUGAGUUUGACAAAUCUAUAGACGAGAAAUUACCCUGUGAUGCCGAGUCUAUUCCGUCUAUAGAAACUAUCACUGAAGGCUCAGGGGAAGUCCAUGUCGUAAUCAUCUAUCAACCAACUGAAAGUCAGCCCAUUGGGGACUUGGAAAGUCAGAUCCCGGCACUGAAAGCCAAUGAUGUGGAUACACUGAGAAGACUCCCACCACCACCCAUCCAAGACGAGUCUCCUCCUUUUUUCCUGUUGCCACCAAGCCACAGGAAUGAGUCAAAGAUCCUGGACUUUGACUACAAGAGAACAGAACAAAGGUGGCAUCAGAAGAGAGUCGAAAAGGAUGGUGCUGGACCAGCAGCAGCUAGGCCAACUGAUUCCUCUAUAAGAAAGCAUGUGAUCCUCUUAAUGGUUCAGAUGUCUGAAUGGUUAAGAGAUUUGCCUCUGAAUGGUUAAGUAUUAUACAGAGUCUGAAUGAUUAAGACCUCUUAUCUGAAUUGAUCAGACAUUUGCCUCUGAAUAGUUAAGCAAUAUACUAGCUCUUAAUGGUUCAGACCUCUUACUGGUUCAGCACUUAAUGGUUCAGACCUCUUACUGGUUCAGCACUUACCGAUUCAGAAGUUGCCAAACAGCCCUUAGUCUUUAAAGUUUAGAUGUUUUAAAAAACACAAUAAAACUUCUACUUCAUGCGGAGUAAAUUGCAACAAUUGAACUUUUAUACUCCGUAUGAUGUAAAAUUGAAUUCAUAGAGAGUAUGCAAAAGAACGAAGAGUUGGUUUUGACCAAAUGAAUAGUUGAAGUGACACAUUCACAUUCUCCAAUUGCUGCAUUGCCUCUUCAUUGACAUUACAAACAUUUGUUUUGCUCUUAUUGAUUAUUAUAAUAGGACUCAAAUGCCGAAGCUGAUGAACAGGCAAAUUUGGCCAUCCAUCUUGCGGAUGGCCAAGUUCAAGAGGAGGUGGCCUAGGUAUGUAAAUGGUCAUCAGCAGCAACACAUAUGCACAUGCAUUGUCCUUUCUUUCAUUCUCACCGCGAGGGUAGCCCGGUCUUUUUCCCCUUUUGCAGAGAGUAUGAGAUCUGUCGCCUGUGGAACUAAUUAUUUUUCGGCAAUUUGUGAAGCGUAAUGAACACAUCUCAUUUCC